AUGAUAGAUAUAAAUAAGUUACGAGUGGAUAAAGGAGGCAAUCCAGAAAUUUACCGUAAAUCGGAAAUCGCUCGUGGUCGCGAUGGAAGUCUCGUAAACGCCGUUAUCGAACUUGAUAAGACUUGGGUCAAAGCAGAGUUCCAAGUGAGCGAGCUUCGCCGCGAACUUAACCAAAUAUCAAAAGAAAUUGCUGUCCUUCGCAAGCAAAAACAUGAUGCGACUGAUUUUAUUAUUAAAUCAACUGAGUUAAAAAGUUUGAUGACUGCGAAAGCGGCCGAAGCAAAUAAUUUCUUGCAGCAGCGUAACCACAAUUUGUCUUUGAUAGGAAAUUUAGUUCACGAAUCUGUUCCUAAUUUCGUUGAUGAAAAACAUAACCCAGUCGUUCGCACAUUCGGAACGAUUCAAGAAAAAAAUUUUUCCGUCUUGCCUUAUUACACAAUCAUGGAAAAAUUGAAUUUUGUCGAAAUGAACAAAUCUUCUUUGAUUGUUGGGCAUCGUGCCUACUAUCUCCUUGGCUUAGGUGCUAGACUGAACCAAGCAUUGUUUUCCUAUGCUCAAAACUUCUUGCAGCAAUAUAACUACACACUCGUGCAAGUGCCAAUGUUCAUCAAAAAAAGCUACAUGCAAAAAGCUGCUGAAUUGCAGGACUUCGAAGAAUCUCUUUACAUCAUAAACAACUCAAACGAUGGCAACGAAGACUUGUGUCUCAUUGCUACCAGUGAACAACCUUUAUGCUGUUUACACGCUGACCAAACUUUCCAGCGCACUGAACUACCUGUCAAAUACUGCGGUAUCAGCUCGUGCUUCCGCAAAGAAGCCGGCUCUCACGGCAAAGAUAUGCGUGGGAUUUUCAGAGUACACCAAUUUGAAAAAAUUGAACAGUUUGUCAUCACUUCUCCUUCCAGCAGCGCCGAUAUGCUAGAGCAAAUGAUUGAAAUCAGCGAAAAAUUCUACCAAUCUCUCGAAUUGCCCUACCAAGUUAUUUCUAUUGUUUCGGGAGGUCUCAACAACGCAGCUUCGAAAAAGUACGAUCUAGAAGCUUGGUUCCCCGCUACUAAAGAAUUCAGAGAACUCGUCAGUUGCAGCAACUGCACGGACUACCAGUCUAGAGACUUAAAUAUCCGAUACGGCCAAGUCGACAGCAACCAGGGCGAAAAACAGUUCGUUCAUCUUUUGAACGGUACGCUCUGCGCAACCGAGCGAACACUUUGCUGCAUCCUGGAAAAUUACCAAGAUGAAAAAGGCAUUCGAAUCCCUAAAGUGCUACAACCCUACUUGUCAAAUUUAGAAUACAUUCCGUACGAAUAA